GAUUGAUGGCUGGGGCUGUUUUCCAGGGAGAACGAGGCGGGUGGAAUUCGGUGCGCGCUGCUCACUUCUUGCCCGGGCGCUUGGAGUUCCCCGCUCAGAGCCAGGCUCCGGUUUCCCCCUCCCCUCUGUGUCCUGCUGGUGCUGGUGUUUUAUUUUUUAUUUUCCCCUCCAUGCCUCCUCUCCUGUCCAGUUGAGUUCUUUCCCCGCUCCUCCCUCCUUCUUACCUUUCUCUUUCUUUUUCCCUCUCUCCUUUUGCGAACCAAAACUCUUCUUCUAGGGAGAGGCUAGUGGUUAGAGCUGAAGCUGGAUGGAUGGGUAUGGGGAAAGGGGCAAGCGGCCAAGCCCUUGGACUGAUCCAGACCCUCUUUCUCUCUCUCUGCGUCUUCCCAACAGGUAAGGAGCACCAGCUUCCCCGCUUUUUUUCUGUUUUGCUUUAAAAAAAAAUGUGGGGGGGGGGGACCAGCCUUCCAAGAACUGCCUUUUGGGUUUCUCUCCCACCCUCCCUCAAGCCCUCAAUCUGUGGGCCUCCCAUUUGCUCUCAUUUCACAGCACUUAGCCACAUGUUGGAAAACCUGGUGGUGUUCAGGCACCCAGCCUGAAUCGAUCAGAGGCACACCAGACCCACCUCUUCGCAAAUUUCUUUCGCUUCGCAUCGGUUAGCCUAGAGACUUUUGUCCGCCACAUCAAGAUGCCUUUUUUGCUCAGCAUAACUGAGAGGGCAGAUGGAUCAGGGUGGUUUGCAGCGGGGCUUCAGAGCUAACAAAAGGCACCGAGAAAGUUUCCCCGUCCCAUAGGUUCUCCGUCCCCAGAGCAUUUUACUUGUGUGCCCAUGUGAGAAUUGCGCGUCUCUGCGACAGAGAAGCAGAAGGGGAUCCCUGACUACUACCUUACUCUUCCGUUAAAGGCUUUAGCGAUGGCUGUGAGAUCGAGAGAAAGCAUUUGUACUCCUCCUCAUGAGUGAAAGAUCAAAAAACACACCAUUUGGCACCUUGUUUCUUAUGUUUGUUUGUUUUGCAAAUGUUGACUUCUAGACUUUUAAAAGCCAGAGGGAUGGUGAGAAGGAUAUUUUCAGGUGAUUUUGGUUGGGAAAGUUCUUGAACCAAAUGUUUACAUGUGCAUGUCUGGAAUAUAUGUGUGUACCUAAAUUUGGGUUUGGUGGUUUGCUCAGCUGUUAUACCUGUGAUGUAGAAUAAACCAGAUCCAAGACUGGGGUCCCAGAUAGGCAAGGAAUGAACCUCUUGACACAUUUUUCUUCCUUUCUUUCUGGGACAUGUUGGCAGAUGCAUUGAUCUUGCCACUUGUUGCUAAGUUGGAAACCUUUGCUGAAUGCAAAUAUCUACUCAAUAUUUCAAAGCAAGAAAAAAAAAGAGGGGGGUGCCUGCUGUGAGGGGGAUACACUGGCAGGUUUUUUAUCGCCUCUUUAUUAUUAUUGACCUGUAGCCUGCCUUAUUUGCUGUUGCAAAUUUGCUUGUUUUCUCUAGUAGCCAGAGUUAAGCUUUUCUCUGCUAACAUUUGGGUCUACCUCCUUCGCUCCCCUCCUCUCCAUCGUCCCCCCCCCCUUUUAAUCCCAUGGUUUGUUUUUACGGUGUCAGAAAAAGGAGCGGGUUUUCAGAAUCACAGCUGAAAACGCCAUCUGUUUCCAAUGAAUCCCCCCAUUGGCUUUUCCACCGUGUUUCUGCCGGAUUCUUGCUUGCAAAUUCCUUCAAGCUAUGAAGGCUUGUUUUUGUUGGGGGAGGGGAAAGUAACUUCACACAGGGAGAGUUGUUCCCUUCCAAAAACUCUCCAGUUUCUUUACCUCGAAGGUUCUCCCCCCCCCUUUUUUUUCGUUGAGGCAAGUGGUGGGGGGCGCAGAGAGCAGAAGGAAUUAUUAAUUGCUCCAGGGCUUGGAGCUCCUGAUAUAACUGCCAUUUGUGCGUUAUAUUGAUUUAUUGCAAAACUCUUCUUUGCAAAGUGUGAAAUGAUUGGAUGGGGGGGGGAGGGAAGUAUCCUUUAAAACACACACACACACACACAAGCAACACCCUGACUAUUUGGUGUUUGUCUUGGUUGAUCAUGUAGCAAAAAAAAUCUCUCCUCUCUCUCCCCCCACCCCACUUCAAAUCCAUUCCAAGCCUUCACACACUGAAGCAAUUCCGAUGAAAUGCUUUGGAAAAACUCAAGAGAGCUGGGUUCCACAGCCUUGGAAUUGCCUUUCCAAGUGUGUGCACAAGCCAGCCCUCCCCUUCAUGCAGAUUUGCUGAGAAGGUGCUAUCUGAUCUGAGAUAUUAUUGAAUUCUUUCCCUGAGAAACGUGCUGGAGCCGGAGAUCACCUUGCAAGAAGGAACUUGAUCUUCGAUCUGGGAUGUGCAGCAGAUUGUGUGCGAUUCGUUAUUAUUCACCCCUGCGGCAAUUAAGCUGUAUUAAUCACGAUUGGCUCUGGGGCCUCCCUUUGUCAGUAGUCUGUGUUGGUUGGGAGUUGGGGUGGGAAUGACGGCUAGGGGGUUUGUGUUACCCUGCAAAGAUGGUGUAGGAUUUAGUUGUCUUGCUCCUAGUGACUGACACAUACACACAGCUUCUUAAUUGUUCUGAGAUAGUACACUGCAAAACUGCACUGGCUUCAAAAGAGAAUUAGCCAAAUUCAUGGAGGAAAAGGCUUCUAGUCAUCAUGGCUAUGUUCUAACCAUGGAAUCGUAAGUGGGGAGCAUUGCUGUUGCACACUGAGUCCUUCUUGCAGUCUUCCCUUGGGGUGUCUGGCUGGCCACUGUAAGAACAGGGUGCUGGACUAGAUGGGCUGCCCGCCUGACCCAGCAGCCAGACUCUCCUUAUAUUCCUACCUAACAGAGUGUUGUGCUCAGCAGUGGCCGGUCUGAGUUCAAAUCCUGCUCAGUUAGAAAUUUACUUGUGGCCAGGCUCCACUCCUAGCUUGGGAAUAGCUGUUUAGUGGGGGAAGUUUUAUGCAGGCCUUCCUUUUGGUAAAAACGGCCUCUGCUGUGCUUCCCUUCUCAGAAGAUAUACGGUAAAAGGAGAAAGGAAAGUGGGGAGUGUUGUUGGCCUACUUCUGUCACAUCUCUAAAAGGAUGAGAGUGGAGAGCUGCCCCUGUCCUGCUCCUGCUUUGAGAGCACAUCGGGAAGAAGAAAGCUUUUAAACACAGAGAGAGAGAUUUUCUUGGCGACCCUAAAAUCAUUUCUCAAAGGAGUCUGUUGGGCACAACAAAGAAUUGUAAAGCACUUUUGUGAGGCAUUCAUGCCAUAUAUUUAAAGACUUCAUGGCUUCCAACACGCCUCCAAGAAUUAUGGGAGUUGUAGUUUGCUAAGGGUGCUGAGAGUUGUUAGAAAGUCGCUAUUCCUCUCGAGAGCUACAAUUUGUAGAGCAAUUUUUACAGGAAUGGUAGUUCUGUGAGGGGGAAUAGGGACCUCCUGACAACGCUCAGCACUCUUAAACUACAGCUCCCAGAAUUCUUUGAGGGAAGCCGUGGUUGUUUAAAGUAGCACCACAAUGUUUAUAAUGCAUGUUGUGAAUAUGGGCAUACUUUUCUUUAAAAAAUUGUAAAUUAUAGCAAAAAAGGGGAACUUUUACAUAAAAGAAAUAACAAGAAAACAAAGUGCCAAAAUCAUUUGUAAUAUAAGAUCCGGCAGAAGACAAAACAAUUACAAUGUUUUCUGUGCAACUUGGCACUUCCUUAAACUAAGGAGUUCACAUACAGACUUGCCAAAAGGAAGGGAAAAAAUGAAGGAACGAAGAGUUAACAUCAUUAUUUCCCUUUGUUCCCAAUUAGUAGUUCAACAGAAACGUACCUGAACAUAUUUUCACAAAAUUCACCCCUUAGAAUAAGCAGGCGAGGCCAUAUGGCUGCAGACUUCUUUAUUGGUAGAUAAAAGAAAAAGUCAUGUCCUAUGACCAAAAAAAAACCCACAAACCAAACACCAGUCUCUUACAGCUCUGGCUACUUUCAACUUUGGGGUAGAAGUUUUCUAGAAGAGCAGUUUGCCAGACUUUUGAAUAGUGGUAAUCUAAGUUAUCUGAAUCAAAUGUCUUCCAGGGUUUUGCCGCAGUUCCUCUUGCUGACGUUAACAGGUGUGAAAUGGGUUCUUUAUUCUUUAGCUCCCUGUCCACAUCUAUAUGUAUGGUGUGAAUGUGGCUAUACUGAGCCCUUCUGCUACCAAGUACUCUCCUGAUGAUUUGACUCUGCUGGGCUGAGGAUGAUGGGAGGGCAGCUGGUUGGGGGAGGCUGGUCCAUAGAGUGUCAGUGGUGGCCUUGACGGAUCUGCAAUCUGACUUGGCCAGCGCAUGACACACAGCCCUUAUUUGUUGAUUGAUUUUUGUUGAUUUAUUUAAACAUUUACAAAUCAUACUUUCCUGUACAAUACCACAAGGCAGUUAUGCAGACACUGUAUUUCAAUAAAAAUGUCAGACGUUUCUGUGAGACCUGACUGGCGCACACUCUCCAAUUCUCCAAGGCCUGUUUGAAUAAUACACAUGACUCACAGAUUGCAUGGGGGUUAUAUUCUGGGUACUGUGCAUAAAAGCUGAAAUCACUUAUAGCCAGAACAACACCAGAACUUCUAUCCCGUCCCCCGCCCCGGCGCAACCAUCCCCAGCUUUCCCAUGCAAAGUGAACAGCUUUUAAGCUUUCUGCUGUGUGUGUGUGUUUAAUUUGUGUGAUUUCAGCUGGCCGCCCACCAAAUGCGUAAACCUGAAAUUGUGCUUGUUAAAUUCAUGUAAGUUGCGAGUUACCUGUCUUUAGAAGAUGUCUAAAAGCAAGCAGGGAUGGCUCAUUCCAAACUUGUAUUGGUAAGGAGUUCCACAAGGCAGUACUUGCCACACUAUAAACUUCGGGUGAACUACUGGGCCCAGUUCAAGGUGUUAGUGGUGUCAUAGAAAGCCCUAUAUAGUUUGGGAUCCAAGUACCUAAAAGAGACCUUCUUCAAUAUCAGUCCUGUGAUUGGCAGGUCAUGUUGGUGAUGCCACCACUAGGGGCUGUAAAGUUGGCGCUGACCUGUGGCAGGGCCUUUUUGGUGGUGGUUCCCUGGUUGCGGAAUGCCCUCCCUUCUAAGUUGCACCUGUCUCCAUCAUUAGUUACUUUCAGAAGGAAUUUGAAAAUGUUCCUGUUUACCCAGGUGGCUGAAGAAUACCGUUCUUGGCAACCCUAAGAUUGGAUGAAAUAAUGUUUUUAACUGGCUUCAGAAUGUUUCGAAUUGUAACUGCUCUUAGAUGUUUUUAGUGGUCAUUGUUUUUGGAAGGUUAUGCUGUUUUUGAAAGGUUUUGUUUAUAAAUCGUGUAUCCGUUUACCGUCCAGGGCUCCUUUGGGAGGAAGGGCAAGAUAUACCAUAUUUUUUGCUCUAUAAGACGCACCAGACCAUAAGACGCACCUAGUUUUUGGAGGAGGAAAACAAGAAAAAAAAAUUCUGAAUCUCAGAAGCCAGAACAACAAAAGGGAUCGCUGCACAGCGAAAGCAGCGAUCCCUCUUGCUGUUUUGGCUUCUGGGAUAGCUGGGCAGCCUGCAUUCGCUCCAUAAGACGCACACACAUUUUCCCUUACUUUUUAGGAGGAAAAAAGUGAGUCUUAUAGAGCAAAAAAAUACGGUAAAUUCAAGGAAUAAGAAAUAAAGAAUUUACCACUGGAAGUGCCCCAUCAGAAGUCCUCAGUGAUGGAGGUGAAGGAUAAGAAACCAGGCUGAGACUGGCCUGGCAGCAAAACUGCAACCCAUGCAGGGUAAACCUUUUUGCAGUGACGUGAUCCUGGGGAGGUCUUCAUCCUUGAGUGUGUGUGUGUGUGCAUAAAUAUGUCACUGAGACUGGAAUUACUGGCCUGGAGGACGGACAGGUUGUGGAGGAGAGGUGGCAGGAACCGGGAGAGCAUCUGUUGCCUUGGAUGAGCUGCGUGGGCAGGGUUUGGGGAAGGGAGAUGUAGGAGCCAAAAACCACAGGAGGGUGCUGCAAAAUUGGGGUUGUGGUACAUGAAGGCGAGAGGCUGGAAGCGGGACGGAGGCCCUGGCGCAGCUCGCUUGGCUCGGAGGAGCUGGAUUUGCUCUCACUCGUCAGCUUAAUGAACGCCGGGCCCCGGCUCCUUUCACUGGGACUCAGAUUUGCUCGUAAAAUAGUUUUAAAGGCUCUGCAACCUGCAAUUGUCAAAUAUCGUAAUUAAGAAUGGAAAUCCCGCAACAGUGCCAUUUUUUUAAAAAAAAUGAUAAUAAAAAAGAACAACCCAGCCUAGAGUAAAUGUUAGUACAGCUUUGCAUCCAUUUCAGAAAACGACAGAAGAGAACUAUAGACCAUGGGCAGGCAAACUAAGGCCUGGGGGCCGAAUCCAGCCCAAUCACCUUCUAAAUCCGGCCCGCAGACGGUCUGGGAAUCAGCGUGUUUUUGCAUGAGUAGAAUGUGCCCUUUUAUUUAAAAUGCAUCUCUGGUGUUUUUACAUGAGUAGAAUGUGUGCUUUUAAUUAAAAAGGAUCUCUGGGGACAUAGGAAUUAGUUCAUUUCCCCCAAAAAAAUAUAGUCUGCCCCCCACAAAGGUCUGAGGGACAGUGGACCGGCCCCCUGCUGAAAAAGUUUGCUGACCCCUGCUAGACAGUCCUUGGCAUCUCUGUGUAGGACUGGAAGAGACCCCCUGCAUGAAUCCUUGGCAUGCUGCUGCCAGUCAGUGUAGACAGUACUGAGCUAGAUGAACCAAUGGUCUGACUCAGUAGAAACCAGCUUCCUAUGAUCGCAUCCAGGAAGGUAAAGGUAAAGGGACCCCUGACCAUUCGGUCCAGUCGUGGCCGACUCUGGGGUUGCGGCGCUCAUCUUGCUUUACUGGCCGAGGGAGUCGGCGUACAGCAGAGUCAUGUGGCCAGCAUGACUAAGCCGCUUCUGGCAAACCAGAGCAGCGCAUGGAAACGCCGUUUACCUUCCCACCAGAGUGGUACCUAUUUAUCUACUUGCACUUUGAGGUGCUUUCAAACUGCUAGGUUGGCAGGAGCAGGAGCAAUGGGAACUCACCCCGUCACAGGGAUUCGAACCGCCAACCUUCUGAUCGGCAAAUCCUAGGCUCUGUGGUUUAACCCACAGCGCCACCCGCAUUGUACCAUCCGGGAAGGUACUGUCCAUUUAACCAGUGCUUCCACAGGGCGUGUUGGUGUCAUUGCGGUGGAAUUCAAUUCCAAGGCAGAUGCGUUUUCUUGGGUGACGUCACAGGGUCGUUAGCACAGAAAGUGCCAGUUGGCUACUUGCCAGUGGCAAGCAACCUUUAUGUCCCCGAGGGCCAAAUGCAGCAAUGGUUGGGAAGUCAGGGGCCGAUUGCCAGAGGGCUACAUAACUACAAAGGCUCAUUCGCUUGUAUGCAUCCACAUGUACACAUACGUGUGAUUGUGAUGGGGAGGAAGUUGCGUGUGGGACUGACUCUCCUCACAACCACAAGCAUGGGAGCUAUACAGUGGUAUCUCGGGUUACAGGCGCUUCAGGUUACAGACUCCGCUAACCCAGAAAUAGUACCUUGGGUUAAGAACUUUGCUUCAGGAUGAGAACAGAAAUCGUGCGGCGGCAGCAGCAGCAGGCCCCAUUAGCUAAAGUGGUGCUUCAGGUUAAGAACAGUUUCAGGUUAAGAACGGACCUCCAGAACGAAUUAAGUUCUUAACCCAAGGUACCACUGUAUAGGGAUGUAGGGAGUCGGACAAUUGGUCCUUCUAGUUCAGCAGCUCUCCAGGGUUUCAAGCAAGGUUCUCUCCCAGCCCUCCCUGGAGAUGGUGGGGAUUGAACCUGGGACCUUCUGCUUGCAAGGCAGAUGCUCUACCACUGAGCUAUGGCCUUUCUGUACUGCCAGGCAGUAAAAAUUGAUGGGGGUAAUUUGGCAGUGGGAAGUGAACCUCAGGAUUGCACAGGUGGAAUAUGCCAAAGGACCUCCCUACCUGUUCUGUCUCCUAGUGUUUCUAGCCUUUUUGAAAGCUUGCAGGCCAGAGCAGGUAUCCAAGGGCUAGUGCCUCGAGUAACUGAGCUUCUAUUUAACAUUUGCUGCUAGUAACAAUAGCGAUAAGGGCUGCCAUGCUGAAUGAGAUCAAAGGAAAAGCGACAGCUUUAUAUUAUUGCCUUGCAGGGGGGUUGGACUGGAUGAUCCUCAGGGUCCCUUACAACUCUACAGUUCUAUGAUACUAUCAUACCUGAUGCCCACUGUAGUUUCCAACAGAAAAGCCUGGCAGAUGACGGCUACAAAGUUGUGCAUAAAGACAUCCAUAAUAGCCUCCCUUGUCCCUUGUUAACCGCUAGUUCACACACUUAUUUGAUGUGUUCACUUAUAUAAUAACAGAGCAGUAAGAAAUAAUAAUAAUUUAUUGUUAUUUAACAACAACAACAACAAAAUAACAUACAAAAUAACAUAACAUACAAAAUAACAUACUAUGAUGAUGGUGAUUUAUUCACUUCAUUACCCACCUUUGCCGUAAGGUCCCAAUGUGGGUUACAGCAAUUUAAGAUGCAAUACUGAAGCAGUCUGAAACAAAGGUCUAAAGCAAGUUGUGGUUCACAAUUAGUUCUUUAUUCAUGUGGUCCGCGGUGUGUGUGUCUGUAAAAAACACAGUUAAAAAGCUUAAAGUAUCUAGUUGCUACAACAGGUAGGCAAAUCAUUAAGUGGUCCACCAAGAUCCUCAGUGAUUUUCGAGUGGUCCGUAGUUUGAGAGCCGCUGAGCUAAAGCCAACCAUAGUCCCAAGAACAGGGUGCAUCGAAACUAACACUGCAAUACAGCAGUCCUGAUACAGUUGGAUGCAUUCAGACUUAACACAGCCAACGAAGAAAACUAAACUAAACUAAAGCAACAACAGCCCAUUCAAAUGGAUGGCAAAAUCAAAAUGCUCUUAAGAGUUAAAAAAAUAAAUAAAUGCUUACGUUAGCUGUUCUUAUAAGCCUGGGAAAACGGAAGUGUUUUUUGCCUGGCUCCUCAGUUAGGUGUGGAGGAGCUUACAUUUCUCAGCCUGAGGGCUGUAUUGUCCUCUGGGGCAAUCUUGGGGGGGGGGGUGCACGUGCCAGCAGUGGGUGGGGCCACAAACAUGAAUCUUACCUUUGUACAGUAGGGCUAUUUUCCGCACAUGCUCACACACCCCUCAUCUGGGCAAGCGAGGGGCAUUAUCAGAGUUCAAGGGUGUAUUCCAGUUCCUCACCACUGGCCUAAAGUGAUAGCAAGGAAGUCUCCUUGGGGAGAGCACUUCCAAGGCAUAGACCAGAGUCGCCACGAAAAAGGUUCUGCUUCCGUCCCAGAGAAAAGGCUCCUUCUGGGCAGUGUGCUUUCUGAUGUGGCGUAAGGGUGCAAGGAUAUAGUGUAAGAAACCCAGGAUUGCCAGCAAAAUUGGGGGUCCUGGGUCAAGGUCCUCCACCCCAGCAGAUUAUUCAUGGUGAGGGCAGGGGGAAGUGUAUAAAUAAAUUCAGGGUGGAAAAAAGGAAGGACUUCAUUACACUACUUAUGAAAGUCACUGCCAGGAGUUUUGAUGAUGGCCACUGGCUGAGAUGACUUUGGUAGGGGAUUCUCAAAUGCAGGGAAAAGGCUUGACCUAUCAGUGACCAUUAGUCAAACCUGCAGUUUCAGAUGCAAUAUACCCUUGGAAACCACAUGGAAUAGGAUCUUUGUCUUCAUCUGUUUUUAGGCUUCAUAGUGAAGGCCUGUCUAAACAAUACAGUUUUCAGAAGACAUCUAAAAGAAGGCAGGGAGAAGCUGCUGAGGGUCUGCACAGGGCAGUGCUUGCCACAAUAAAAACUCACUCCCAAGGUCAACCAAACCUCAGGGGCCUCAUGGGGAUCUCCAGAUGUUAUCCUAGAUAUCCUACAAUGAGUUCGAAGUGACCCUGAGGAUCAAGUCCAGUGUCCUGCAAGGCAGGAAUAUGCAGUUGUCCCAUAUGGGGAUCGAACCUGCAACCUUGGCGUUAUCACCACCACACUCUAUCCAAGUGAGCUAUCCAGUGCCCCAUUGGAGAGUCUCAGUGAUCAAGGUGGAGCUUGAAGGAUCAGAUGGUCUUUAAGGUGCUUUGGGCCCAAGCUGUUCAGGCCUUUGUGAAUGAACCCAAGAACUGGCCUAGUAGCAAAUAGGCAAGCAAUGGAGCAGAGGAGUUACGUGAUUGCCAAUAUCCUGCUCCUGUGAGCGACCUGGUCACUUUCAUUCUGCCCUAGCUGCAGCUUCAUUCCCAUACAAUGUGGGUUACAGCCAUCAAGUCUUGAGGUUACCAGCGCAUGGAGCACUGUGGUCUGGCUUGUUGUGGUCCAGUGUGUUAAGCCAGCCUGCAAGGGGUAGCCGGAUGGAGAAGCUCACUUGCUCUGCCUCAGCAACCCCAGUUGCCGUUCUCAUUGCUCUCUGCCAAUUGGAGAGCGGCAGUCUGAAGGAUGGAGCCUUCUCUGCCAGGGGAACUUGAACUUCUGCAGGUACAGGAGGCAAGCAGGCAGAGCUAGUACGCUUGUUCCCAGAACUACAACUCUGCGCACCAACAGAAUGCUUCAGGAGUGAGGAUGGCCCUGGGUGGCUGGGUAGAUAGGUUCAAUUGCCAAAUCAAAACCCCAGUCCACAUAAAACUGAAACGCAGCUAUCCUUGGAAAUGUCUGCUUCUCUAAAUGUUGCAAUGCCACUUUCAAGUGAAACAAGGGGGUGCAAAAAAGCACAUGUUAUGGGAAGGUGUGCACGGGAGAAUAUGCAUGUUUGUGAAAAUACCAUGCAUUAUAUUAGAGAAUCAUAGUCUUAAAAUCACAGAAUCAUAGAGUUGGAAGGGAUUGCAUCUAGUCCAACUCCCUGCGAUGCAGGAAUCUUUUGCCCAACGAAUGCACCAUAAAAAUGCAUGAUAUUGGGGUGAAAAAAUGUGUGCAUUGAGAAUGCAGAGGGAAACGUAUACCUUUUCAUUAAAAAAAAAAUGUUACAAACUGAUGAAGAAGAGUUGAAUGGGAAAAAUGAGAAAGUGAGAAAACCAACAUGGGCAGAUUUUCCCCUCCCUACUAAGGAGGGCUUUGUAUGAGAACAGGACUCUGGGCGAUGCUGGAUGAUCUGAUCUGAUGUAGUAACAGCUGCUUGGCUUGCUGUCCUCCUACUCACGGCUUCCCUGUCAGUGAUAGCCACAGAUAAGAACAUGAGACAAGCCUUGCAGGAUCAGGCCAAUGACCCAUCUAGCUCAGCAUCCUGUUCUCCCGCUGGCUGACCUGAUGCCUAUGGUUAAGCCCAUGGACAACCGUCCUCUGCCCACCUGGGAUUCCCAGCAACCAGCAUUCAGAGCCAAUAACACCUCCAACAGUGGAGGUAGAACGUUGCCAUCUUGACUAAUAGGUGGUGUCAGGAUAAGAGGAGAAAGGGAGGGCUAUGAGGGGGACCGCAGACAUGGUCCUAGCCGCAAGCUUUGGAUGUGCACUUGAAAGGAAAACCAUCUUCAAAUCAAGGUUGUAAAUCACCAGUUGCUGUGGCUAUUUAAGAAUCAGCCCUGAAGGGAUCCAGUUCUCCUUUCUCGGUCGCAACAUCUGGGCAGGUGUGACGAUCGGCUAAAAACUGUGGCCUAGUAACUUGCGUAUGUUAUUGGCGUGGAUAUUUGGCUGAUAAAUGCUGCUGAUACAUCCUCUUUAACACAUGAAGCCCUCCUUAAAAGUGCACUUUUUCCCACACCAACCUCUCCAGUUCCAGAUGAGCUCCUGCUUAGACAGCUAGAUCUUGCAAUAAUACUUCAGCACUUCUGAAAGAUGUUCCAGUGAGUUUCUAAGGGGACAGGAAGGGAGUUUUGCGGAGCGGGGACAUCAGCAGAAACCCAUUUCCCGCAAACGAUUUGCCUCUCGAUUUUGCUGAGAAGCCCAAGUUGUUGUGCUCUGCCAGACACCCAUUUUUAUUCUUCUUUUUUAAUCUUCAGCUCUUGAUCCUUUAUACCCCACCCUUCACUGGAAUCAACACCUCCACCUGAGAAUGCUGCAAUGUUUUGGCAGUGAUCUGUUGUAUGCAUUUGUUUUUGUUGAGAGUUAUGUGCCUGGGGCUCUUUUCCUGUACUCCUUUGGGAUUGCAUGUGUGCAAGGCAGAGCAAACAUGUGUGUGUGUGUGUGUGUGUGUGUGUGUGUGUGUGUGUGCGCACACAUUGAGUUGAGCUGAACAAUCCAAAAGCAUGAGUUCCCACAAUGAAGCAUCUUCCUGCCAAUAAUUUCAUGGUGGAGGCAAGCUGAAGCUUCUUGAAGUCCCUGGAGCUGGAGUGAAAUAUGCAGGUGUUAUUUAUAUGCAAAAUCCCCGCCAUAAUGCAAGAUUGUUUACUGCAAGAAUCCAAUAGAAUCUGCACUGUGUGUCUACACAUGGAGGCACCCAGAGUAGAGAACAAGGUUUUUUAAAAAAAUCGUUUUAUUUUAACUUGCAUCCCACCUGAUUUUCAGAAGAAACUCAAGGCAUCUAACAAAUCCAGACAUCAUAACAAUAUUAAUAUAUAUAUUGCAAUCCCUGCUUCCAAACCCUGUCAUAACAUCAAAGAAUCAACUUUUAAAAACAAAGCCAAAACUAUAGUAGCAAUUCCAAAAAGGGCAAUCGGGAUUAAAACAUAGGAACAGAAAAUGAAAAACCCUUGCCUUGACUAGUUGCCUAAAAUACUAUAUUGGUGGGUCCUCCUGAUAUACCUGGGUUGGCACAGGGUGUGAGAAAAAAGGGGUCUUACUGUGAAAGGUUUUGCCGUCACAGCAGCUGUUUCUCCAGGUUUUGCCAACCUGGUGCUCUCCAGAUGUUUUGGACUAGAGCUCCGAUCAGCCCCAGGCAGCACAUAAACCAAUCUUUGCCAGGCCUGGGGCAUUUCCAAGUGGCCUUUUUAUCUGCUCUGAUUUGUUUUCGGGGAGAAUAGAAAACAAUGGCUGUAUAGCAAGCACACAUCCUGAUUUGUUUGCACAGAGAUUAGAUGACAUUGCAUCAAUGAAGGUGUUGCCCCACACUUUCUGGUAACUUUCCUUAUCGCAGAAAAAAAUCCAGUCUUUGGAGGGAAGCAAAUUCAUUGUGCAAGACCUCCCAUUCAGCUGUAAUUGUGCAACCUGAAGUUGCUGGUAUGUGAUUGAAUCUUGCUUGAAAAUUGGGACUGUCUUGAAGUGCCCCUUGUUGCUUUCUAGCUGCUAAGGGAAGAUUGUGUGUGGGGGGGGGAACCCUCUUUUAAAAUGGUUUACUAUAUCAGCCAUGGGCAUGGCGGUGCCAUUCAGGUCUGUAAUGUAAAAAAGGGAAAAAUCAUUUUUCAAGCCCAGGUUUAUGAUUUCACUUCCUCUAAACACUCCUUUUCCAAAGGCUUUGAAGUUUACAUUUUGGAGGUUUUUUUUGGGGGGGGGUAUUCCUCCCUGCCUAUGAGGGUGCCUUGCUUUGAUUGUUGGCUCUCUGUUUAUGCCAGGGUUUCGCAAACUUGGAUCUUCAGGCUUUGGACUGCAGCUUCAAACUUUGGACUGCAACUCCCAUCAUCCCUAGCAAGCAGGAACAGUAGUCAGGGAUGAUAGGAGUUGUAGUCCCAAAACAGAGUGAGGAAAAGUUGGAAGUGAGAUGCUGUGUUCUAGAGGAACCAUGUUCUGGUCCUUAGGCACCAUCUCGUAGGGGCCAUGGGGGCUUCGGCCCCCACAAUAAAGUAUUUGAGGGGGCUGGGCCUUUGGGGGUGAAGUCAGACUGUUCGAAGGUUACAGCGCCUGCUGUGGUUGCGGAGACCGAUGCAGGAGAGACAUGUUUAGUUUCAGCUGGGGCAGACAAAGGCAUCUAGUUGUGCUGCUACAGAGGCACUACAGUGUUUCUUCUCUCUGCGCUCCUCCCAACCAUCAUUCCUUCUCUGGUCACUGCUAUGGAUACACAACCUGACUGUCUCUCUUGUCUGCAACCACAGGGUGAGGUUGAUGUUGCCAACCUUCCUCUCACAUUUGCAUCCUGUUUAAUGGGCCUGGUCUCCGAAGCCGGCUCCCCAUAGAGCACAUCCUUGCAGAACAUCUCUUUAGUUUUUAAAGGAAUUUUUAAAAAAUCUAACUAACUUGGGUUUAAGUGAGGAGGGAUGUUCAGCUCCUUAGAGCGCAGGUGAGGCACUCUCUGUAUCCAGGUCUUGAGACUCUCCUCAGACUAUAUUCCUUACCAGCCCUCUGCCCACUUUCGCUUCUGGUCCAUGGUGCCCAGUUGUCCACAUGGGAAUGUGCCACACAGGCUUGGAAAACCAGCCCCGCUUUAAGAGGAAAGGCAGGAAGGAUGCAAGUGUGGAAUCCCAGCCCUAAAAUCUUCCAGGUGCCCCCCUGCCUCCGAAAAAGAUUCUUUCCUCUCUGCACCCUGCAACCUCUGCUCCAUUACACAAUAAAAAUUGCCGUGUAAGGAAUGUUGGCUCUGUUUUCACCCCCUCCUCUACUUUCACGCCUCUCCCUCUGCUCUUGAAAUCUGACCCGAUUCCUUUGCACGUGGUGGUAACUUUAUUGGCCUGUAUUGGAGUCCUCCUUUUCUUUUUCACCCAAAAGAUUUUGCAGAUUUCAUUGUCUCUCUUUCUUCAGCCAACCCCUUAGCUAGGGUCUCUGGGGGUCUUCCCACCCUUCCCCCAGUCUCUUUCCCCCCUUCAAAUCAGUUUUAUGGGACCCUUUCCCCCUGCUCCCUGAUUUUUUGUCAUGCAAACAAGCCUGUGAUAAUCGCCCUAUUCUUUGGCAAAGGUCUUCAGCUCAAUGAUUAGCAGUUCAAAGGCUCAGAAGCUUAAUGGCCUGUCAGGGCCGGCCCACAAACCCCAUUCAUUCCUGCUCUGGUCAUUGGCAGGACCGGCCUGCCUCCUGUGGGUCCCUUUCAGCCCUGCCAUGCCUAUGGAGGGGCACUGUUCAAAGCAGGCAUCAAUCACCACCAGGGCAGGAGGGCUGGGGCAAGGGAGGCUCCAGGCAACAGUAGCUAGUGCAUAGGGAAGAGGUUGUCUCCCUCUCAUAUAAUACGCAGCAGUUGGAACAGCUCAGUCGGUAGAGCAUGAGGCUCUUAACCACAGGGUUGUGAGUUUGAGCCCCAUCUUGGGCAAAAGGUUCCUGCAUUGCAGGGAGUUGGACUAGAUCAGGCAUCCCCAACCUUCGGCCCUUCCACAUGUUUUGGACUACAAUUCCCAUCAUCCCUGACCACUGGUCCUGUUAGCUAGGGAUCAUGGGAGUUGUAGGCCAAAACAUCUGGAGGGCCACAGGUUGGGGAUGCCUGGACUAGAUGAGUCUUGGGCUUCCUUUCAAUUCUAUGAAUUCUUUAGGGGAAGCCAUGGCUGCUUAAAAGGCUGCUUUAAAUGUAUGGUGUGGAUGGCCUGAUGUUCUCUGCCUUUUGUAUGCCUUGCAACCUGUUCUCACAGCCUCUGGGAUGACCUGGGUGCAACAGCUCCUCUCCCCACUUGUGAUUCUCAGCAACUGGUAUUCACACUCCCAAACUUGGAAAAGUAUAUGCCAACCUUGGAGCUGAUGUAUGUAUUUUGGACCAACUAAUGCAUUAUGGCAGACACUGUUGUAGACUAAAGUUCACUUCAUUGGCAGAUCAGCACAUGGGUUUAUCUUGCACAUGACAAGCAGUGAGGUUAGAGCAGUGAUGGUCAAACUUGGCCCUCCAGCUGUUUUGGGACUACAACUCCCAUCAUCCUGUUAGCUCGGGAUGAUGGGAGUUGUAGUCCCAAAACAGCUGGAGGGCCAAGUUUGGCAAUCACUGGGUUAGAAGGCAAUGAAAUGCAAGAGAAAUAUGCAGGCUACCAUGCUAAAGCUUAGAGCUGCCUUCCCCACCUGCUGCACGUCAGAUGCUUUGGACUACAACUCCCCCAAGCAUCAGGCAGCAUAGUUCCAUCGGCAGAGCAUGAGACCCUUAAUCUCAGGGUUGUGGGUUCAAGCCCCACGGGUGAAAGAUUCCUGCAUUGCGGCGGGUUGGAGUAGAUGAUCCUUACGGUCCCUUCCAACUCUACAAUUAUGUGAUUCUAUCUGUGGGGCACCAGCUUGGGGAAGCCUAUCUUCGAUGUGUGUAAUGGUUACGUGGCCGUUUGAAAAGCAAACACAAACAUCCCGGGAUUAAAGCCUGCAGCAACAUCCUGCAUUUAUUUAUCCUCUGUGCCCGUGCGGACUCAGACCGUGCAUACAGCCAGAUAAUACUGGAUUUGCUUUUGCGCAGACUGUGGCACAGGGCAGCCUCUCGUUUGGCUCACCCGCCACCUGCCCCCCACUGCACCCCCAAGUCCUGUGGUUCAGUUUUUCCUUCUCCCUGAGCAUUUGGAGCCAGCGAGGCCUGCUCCUGUGCUAAGUCAUCCGCGGCCGAAACGCAGAUGUAUUGUGAGUUGAUGGAAAAUGGAUUAUGUGAAAUUGAACAAACAGGGUUUUCUUGGCUUCGGAUCAAAUCCGUUUGUCCAGAGCUGCGCCAAAGCUGCUGGCUGUACGGAGCGUGUUGCCCUGAGGGUGGGUGGAGAGGAGGAGAGGAGAUGGAGUUACGGCAAGCAGGCAUUAGCCCUGCCCAGAUUCCAGAUGGGAGACUGGGGGAGCGGUGGGAAGACAAGGAAGACAGGAUCCCCACAAUCUAGACUGCACCGAUUCACUAGCCAGAGAUGGCUGUGCUCUGCCUCCACAGCCAGAGACAGUACAGUGGUACCUUGGGUUACAGAUGCUUCAGGUUACAGACUCUGCUAACCCAGAAAUAGUACCUCGGGUUAAGAACUUUGCUUCAGGAUGAGAACAGAAAUCGCACGGCUGCAGUAGGAGGCCCCAUUAGCUAAAGUGGUACCUCAAGUUAAGAACACUUUCAGGUUAAGAACGGACCCCCGGAACUAAUUAAGUUCCUAACCCGAGGUACCACUGUAAAUGCUUCUGAAUACCAGUUGCUGGAAGCCACAGGCAGGGAGAGUCCUCUGGUCCUGCUUGUGUGGUUCCCACAGGCAUCUGAUUGGCCACAGUGAGAACAGGAUGCUACACUAGAUAGGCCAUUGGCCUGAUCCAGCAGGGUUCUUGACUCAGAGCAAUUGGGGGCAGCUGCAGUGGCCAGUGUUAGAAACUCAGAUAUUUAAGCCAGGCGCCAAAUAGCUCCUUCAACCAAGAUUACAGUCACCCAAACUGAACGUCUAGUUGCCAUUUGGGGGCAAGGCUGCCCAAAAGUCUUGUUUUUCAAUCACGACUGUGAUUGAUUCUGUUCAGAUGGCAGCGUUGAGCUAGGUUAAGAAAGUUGAGAACAUAAAAGAAGAAAAGUCACUUGAUCCAGGGACAGUCCACAUCUAUAUAGGCCUGUUCCUACCGCUUUCUUAAUGGUGACAUGGACCAUUCAUAAAAUGUAAUAAUAUUUUUCACAACUGUGAGCCGGGCAGGUGGGUAAGUGAAGACAUGUGAUGACAAUUCACUAUAACAUUGUUCUCAGGCUGCACAGAAAAAGCAUUUGGGUUCCUGAAAUUCAUUCUGACUGUGCAGGUAAAAUACAACUGAUAGAAUUUCACAGGAUGUGGUAUUUAUGAUCCCCAGGCAUUUAUCUCUAGAUGGUGGAGAUGACAGGCAUCAAGAGGAUAAGGGAAUGGUUUGUGGAGACUCCCAAGGGUCAGCCUAGGAGGAGGUAGUUCCGUCACAAGGCUGAGGUUCCUCACUCCUGCAGUAAUCCUUACAACAAUCCUUGGACUGUAAGCUGGUUGGGGCAGGGACCUCCCCUUUUAUACUAUGUAUGUCCUAUACAGGUCCUUAAAUUCUCCUGCAAGGAUGAUUGAGAUAAUGUGAGCUGUGUGCUUUGUACACCUACAAUCCUGCCCAGCUGGGGAUUUCGGAGCAGAGAAUUCUGGAUUUACACCUCUGGCUCUCGGCUAAGAUAAAUAUCACCACCUCUCACACCACUAUCCAGCCUGGAUUUCCCUUGUGGUAUUCUGGGGUGUCAGCAUAGUUGCUGUAAUAGAUUUCUCCUCUGCUGUUUUGUGCUACUCGUUCCACAUGUCUCCCUCCCUCUGCGCGCACACACACACACACACACACACACACACACACACAGCAAAUUGAGGGAUCUUGACUCCUCUGCACUAGCGGGCCAAGGGGGUUGAGUCACGCUGGUGUUUUGCAAUCUGAAGGCAUUGGCACUGAGCAGAGGUGCUGAAGGCGGCCCUUUGUCAACCAAUUAGGGUGGCCAACCAGCUGCAGCAGAGGUUGAGUGGCCCAGCGAUGCUCAACUCUCAGUAAAAGCCUUUAUCUCCUUCAAGCAGGAGAGAGGAGAUGAGUGAGGAGGGGCUGCUUCCAGCUCUCAGAUCAGGUGCAUUAAUGAGAGUUCGUUCAGGGGGGCGGGCAGGGGGAGGGUUUGAUGACACAGACCCGUCCAAUAUCCUGGAGAACCACUGCUGGUCAAUGUAGACACAGAACUGAACUAGCUGGACCAAUGACCUGAUUCAGUAUUUUAGACAGCUCCUGACGCUCCAGGGAGAAGUUUCUCUUGUUGAGGAAAGAGCACACAGGACUGACUCCUGGAAUUUAUACCAGGCUUGGCCAAUCAGGCAGCUUCAUGCUGCCUGUCAGUUACAGGAGAAGAUGCCCGUUAUUCCGUUCUACAGCUGAAGGGGCUGCUUCUAAGAUGACCUGCUUAUUGAGUCUUCAUCCUGGUUCGUAGGGAGAUUAGAUGACAUUGGCUGUUCAGUGAGCACACAUUCUGAUCUGCUUGUGGAGAGGUUAGACAACUUUGCAUCAAAGCAAGGGUCACCCCGCACUUUUCCAAUGUGUUGUCCUGUUGCUUUUUCUUAUUCCACACUUUUCGGAGCAUUCCCCUGUCACUGUCCAAUAAGCAAAAAGUAAGUGUGUGUGUGUUUAAAGUGGAUUUGUUGUGUUAGGUUGACACGAGUGCUUCAAUUCACUUUAAAAACACAAACCUAAAGUUCUAGUCUGUGUUUGAAUCUGUCCUGCAAAAUAGUGACAGUCUGAGAGGUUGGGGAAAAGUAUGGCUUUUGCAUUUGUUCUUUUUCUUCUCUCUCUCUCUCUCGCUCUCUCUAAUACACACACGUCUUAUUGAAAGUUUAUGUAUGACACCUGGCUUUGGAAACUUGGCCUUAUAUGGAGACGUGUAUGUGAAACAACACAUCAAGCUGUUUUCCCCAGAACUUAAAACUACAUAAAACCUUUAGGAAAACAUCUCCCCCUACCGGCCUCGAACAGUUUCUUCUCUCUCUUUCCCCUGCCUAAAACUUCUCAAAAUCUCUCCGUGUUUUAAAGGUGUCUGCCUUGUUUCCUUUCCCCCACAGUGACGUCUCAGUGCAAAAUCAUGAAGUGCAAUUCUGAGUUCUUGGCGGCCACGUCGGGGCCCCACCACGUGGGGGCAGAGGACACCCCCGAGUUCUGCACGGCCCUCCGAGCCUACGCUCACUGCACUCACCGCACCGCCCGCACCUGCCGCGGAGACCUGGCUUACCACUCCGCCGUCCACGGCAUCGACGACCUGAUGGCCCAGCACAACUGCUCCAAAGAUGGCCCCACUUCCCAGCCGCGGGUCCGCCCUCUGCCCCGAGGCGACAGCCAGGAGCGCUCAGACAGCCCGGAAAUCUGCCAUUAUGAGAAGAGCUUCCACAAACACUCUCCUCCUCCCAACUAUACGCACUGUGGGCUGUUUGGAGACCCCCACCUGAGGACUUUUUCUGACAGUUUCCAGACUUGCAUAGUCCAAGGGGCAUGGCCGCUCAUAAACAACAACUACCUGAAUGUGCAGGUCACCAACACACCUGUCUUACCCGGUUCCACUGCGACAGCUACUAGCAAGGUAAAGGCAUGACCUAUUCAGUGCCUGUUAUUUCAAGAUGACGAUGCCUCACAGCAGCUUUGCUGAGAAUUCCCACUUCUGUGUCUCACAUAGCUGAAUAAAGUAGGCACAUCUCUAGGUCCACAUUCACGCCGUAUGUUUGAAAUUUCCCCAGGUGCCAGGUGCAUUUUGCAAUUGGCAUGGGUCCAGAAGAGCUUAUUUCUUGCAUUGAUAUCCCACCUUUUUCUCCAGGGUGUACAUGGUUUACCCCCUCCUCAAUUAAUACCUACAACAGCCCUAUGAGGUAGGUUAAGAGGCUGUGACUGACCCAAGGUGAGUGGGGGGUUGAACCCUGAUCUCCCAGGUCCUAGUCAGACACUCUAACCACUACACCACACUGGCUUCCUAGUGUAUUUCUGCUAUGCGGCAGCUCUAUAAAUUAAGUAGGUAAAAAAAUACAGGGAAAGCAAAAUGACACUUAGAGAAGGAUCCAAAAUAUUUCCCUUGAAUUUGAUUUAUUCUAGAUUGUUGUAUUCAAUGUUUUAAUAUAUUGUAAACCACUUGGAGAUUAUUUUUUUCAAACAUAAAGCAGAUUAGAAAUGAAAUGAAUAAUAAUAGUAAUUUUUUUAAAUUCCACAGGGAAAAAAAUGCUUCCUAGGCAUUCCAUUGUUCAACCUAGAUUUAAGGUGCCAUUUGGCGAUUAGGUUAUGUAUCUGAGUUUCUAACGCUGGUCACACCAUGUAUUUAUAGCACUGGGAUAUCACGUUAUCCCUGCAAGGGAUUCUGGGAGCUGUGGUUUGUUAAAGGUGCUGAGAGCUGUUCUCUCCCCUCCCCUGCCGAGCUACAAUUCCUAGAGUGGAUUAACAAUCAAUCCCCUUUCCCUAGGGAGUUCUGGGACUACAGGUCCCAUCAUCCCCAGCCAUUGGCCAUGCUGGCUGGGACUGGGGGGCAAGUUAGCCACCCCUCCACUGAAGGGACAGAAGUGUAUGAGUGGCUAUGGUUGGAUCAAUGAGCUCUUACCAAUCUCAGUAACUCUCCCUUUUCAUACCAUCUCUCUCCCCACCCUCCAACCUUUCUUCCCUAUUUAGCUCACCAUAAUUUUCAAGAGCUUCCAAGAAUGCGUGGAGCAGAAAGUCUACCAGGCCGAAACAGAUGAACUCCCAGCGGCCUUUGCCGAUGGCUCCAAGAACGGUGGUGACAAGCAUGGCGCCAACAGCCUGAAGAUCACUGAGAAGGUGUCCGGCCAACACAUUGAGAUCCAAGCCAAGUAUAUUGGCACUACCAUUGUGGUGAGGCAGGUGGGCCGCUACCUCACCUUUGCUGUGAGGAUGCCCGAAGAGGUGGUGAAAGCGGUUGAAGACGGAGACAACCAGGGCCUCUACCUCUGUCUCUGGGGUUGCCCGCUUAACCAGCAGAUAGACUUCCAGGCCUUCCGUUCGACCGCGCAGACCACAGAGAACCGGGCUCGCCAGAAAGGGGCCAUCUCUCCGUCUCCGCCAGAGCAUUUCACCUAUGAGACAGCCACAGCAAAGUGCCGGGAGAAGCUUCCGGUGGAGGACUUAUACUUCCAGUCCUGUGUCUUCGACCUCUUGACGACGGGCGACGUCAACUUUACCCUUGCUGCUUACUAUGCCUUUGAAGACGUCAAAAUGCUGCACUCCAACAAAGACAAAUUGCACCUCUACGAACGGACACGAGACUUGGAGACAGGCAAUACGGCCCCCUUGGAGCCUCCCACACUUCUCCUUUUUCUGGGGGUGUUGGCAUGCUUGAGCCAGUGGACAGCUGUUUUCCUAUAGGCCGUCAUCUGUGGCAGACCUCCUGAGUCGGGGAAAACAAGAGAACAAUUGUACUGGGUAACUAAGAGGCUGAGCCAGCUGAGAGCGAACAGUUUUAGUGACUGCUUUUUCUCCAGGGGGGAAAAACCCCCAGAAAAAAGCAAUUGAUCGAAUAGGUUUGAACCUUCUUUCCAAGUGAAGGCCUCCUUUUAUGUUAAAGAGUUCUGAACUUGUGGUUGACCCCUGCUCUUGUUCCCUUCCUCCUCUGAUAGGAAAGGAUAAUGGGAGGCUUCUCACUGUCCCCCCACCCCGAUCCCUCCAUGUUUGCUGUACUACAAAUGGUUGUGGUGAUUGUGACAUUGGCGUUUGUGUAAAAGUCAAAGUAGGCUGCUGCUUUUUUUUAGACAGGCAGUGGCAAGUUGCCAGUUCCAGAAAUGAACUGCAGGAUCAUGACUGAACAGAGGUGAAAGAAAGAAAGAUCCGUUCAAAGGGUUAUGUGCGAGCAGAGCUUAGUCAGGCAUGGGCAGCAGAAGAGUCGUGUUCUCUCCCCCACAGCUGGCUUCUAGUUCAAUGCACCUGCUUUUCCCGGGGUGUGCCGAACGCUCUUGGCAAACUGGCUCUCGCGUGCUCACACCCUCACACAUGUGAGACUUGCCAUUGCACGUGCAAACAGCUGUGGGUGCACACCCAGUUUCUGUGAUCUUGUUUGUGUACAGCUGCUGGCAGCUGCCUUUGCACAGGUGGGUGGGGAAAAGGAUGAGCAUUAAGCCUUCGCCUCCUCUGGCCCCAGAAGGAUGGUGUACAGGAGACCCAGUCUCUAAGAACGUGCUUCUUCCCACCUUCUCGGCAUCCAGCAAUGGGGGAACUUUAAGGGGAUGAUAGUCCCUUUUAACGGAAAGAACUGAAUUCCAGUAGGGAAGGCAUUGUGGGACGAUGCUGUGCUUUUUGACGUGGAUCCAGCGUUACCUUUGUAGAAGGCCUACAGCUCAGAUCUUUGUUUUUCUUCAAGGAUUGCUGUCUAUUUGCUAAUUCCUCUUUCCUCCUAUCCUCCUCUGGUGCUUUCAGAGGGGUAAAACAAGGCCAGUAUUUCGGUGGCCCAAAGUGCCACUUCCUUUUUGGUACAACCAAGGCUACCGUGGUGUCCAAGAAAUGGGCAUCAAGAACUUGCUUCCUUUCAAAGUCCUUUGCUUAGGUGACCCAAAAUCCUCCUUCGGGUUUUUGUGCUGUAGAGAACAAAUCACACCAAGCCAUCGGGAGCCCUGGGGAGAAGCUUCAGAGUUCCAAAAAGACGUGCUUGUUUUCCCUACACUCCAGUUUGAUUCCCAAGCCUAUGUUUGAAGAUUGCAGUUGCCCCCUGAAAUCCUCUUUUAUGCAUGAACCACAGGUGUGGUGAUUAGAUGAUCCAUCCUUCCUGCUGAAGAGAAGCCCUCUGAGGAGGCUACCUGCUGGAUCUCUGCAUUCCUGCUCUGGGUUUGCAGAAAUUCAGGAAGUAGAUUCCUUAGAAAAUGAGUAAAAUCUUCCCAUUGCUCACUUUAAACUAGUGCUGUGCUGAUAUCAGUCCUCCAGUUUGCUUUCUUUGUUUUCUUCCCCUGCUAAAGGUGCUUCAGUUUUUAUACCUCAUUCUCAGGGUGCUUCAGUAGUGCGUGUGUGCAAGGUUUGGGACUUUUGGUUGCAAAGUGGCCAAGAGUAGUCUUUGUUUUAUUUCCAGUAAUAUUCUCCAGCCUUUCUGCAGCCUCCCCAGCUGCCUGGGCUUCCUGAUCUGAAAAAAGCCCAAGGGAGGAGUUGCCUUGUGAUGUCUUCCCCUGGGCUUUGAUUGACAAUGCAGGCACCCAGGAAGGCUGCAGAGCACAGACCACCGGUGAGAUGAUUUGUGGAAUGAAAGAAAGGUCACUCACAAGCACCCUUAACCACCUCCAAAGUAAGGGAAGCCCAACAAAAACCCCUGCACUCAACCCAUGAGAAUUUAAUCAGAAGUAUUUCUUCCCUGUGAUAAUUUUUGAUUCCCCCCCCCCCCUUUCUCAUUAAUUGGUAGAAAAGGGUCAAAUAAAAUGCAGGAAUGUUUUUUUUUCCUGCACAGCACUAUUCAAAAUAUUGACCUUUUCAGGUUUGAGAGCAAACCAUACCUCUAUUUUAAUUUGGGUUUUUGGGGGGGCAGGGAAAGUAAGCCUCAGUAUUUUGGAAAGUCUUAAACAGUUUGGCAUGCCUGUUCUCCUUUGUGUCUCAUCACCUUGUCUUCCUGCAUAGAAGUUUCCAAGCCAGGGAGUGUCUAGGAAAACUCUUACUGACCCUGGAUAGAGAUUCCAGGCAAAUGGCAUCUUCAGCUUGGAUCCCCUGCCCCCUGACUCUUUUUGGCAGCUCACAGUGUGACAUUUCAAGCCUCUUCCACUUUUCCCAUGCUCACUUAGGGCCACAUUGUACAUGUCAAAUGCAAUCUGUGCACCAGCCGUGCCAGUUUUGUGGUGGAAGUUUCCAGAUGUGUCCAGCCAGCAGGUCAACCACAAAAGACAAGCUUGAGGUGCUCCUUGGACCAUCCCAAAGCCCAGAAGAUGCACACCCAUAAAACACAGCCAUCGACAUUGUUCCACAGUGACUGCACACCUGUGUAUUUCAUUAUUUGUACACGCAGUCACUUGCAUAUAUGCAAAAUGUCACAUGUGGCAACCUUCGUGUGGGUGUUGUGCUGUUUCCUAUACAGAAGCUCUUUCUCUGUGGGAAAGAGAUGGAGCUCAUAACCCCAAAUUCUUUCAUUUGUUUGCUACAGCAUCUCCUCUGCCCCAAGGAGACCCCUGUAGUGGACCAGAGGACUAAGCUAUCAAAGAGCAACAUCUUUGAGGAACCAGCUCACAUGGAAGGUGCUACCCCCAUAAUACUUGGUGAUCGGUUGAAAUUUGCCCAGCAGUCAAACUUCCACCCACCAGCAUCUCUGCUGCCCACACUGAAAAAGCAGCAGAGGAACACAAUUUAGUAGCCAUUUGAUGUAUAGGAUUGUGUCUUCUAAUAUAUAGAGUGCCCUCACAUUGGUGACUGUACAGGGGUGUAGUUUUCUUUUCCUUCCUGAACGGUUUAAAGAAAAAUACAUGUUGACUGUUUCAUUCUAUGGUUUGUUCACCGAUGGCCCUUUCCUCCUCCUUUCAUCAUUGAUCUUGAAAUUGGGAGCUCUCAACUUGAGCUGUGAAGUGUGCAAACUCGGGAGUCAUGUGGAAGGAACGAGGAGAUUGGGAGAUGCUAAGGCUGAAAAGUGGGACUUGGCCUUCAUGUACUCUAGAAGCACUCACUGUAGCCAGAGGGGCUACAAAGUAUUGCCCCUCCAGAUGUUGCUGGACUUCAAGUCCCAUCAGCCUGCAAGCCGUUAUGGUCAACUGUCAGGGCUGAUGGGAGUUGGAGUCCCAACAAUCUCUGGAGGGCCACAGCUUCUCUGUCCUUGGUGUGCAAGUUGAGCUCACCACCUUGGUGGUUCAUUCUAAUCCACUGGCAACUCGCAACAGCUAAUGCUGCUUGUGUUUCAAAAUUGUGGGUGCUACUCAGAGUAGACUCAAUGAAAUUCAUAGACCCAAGUUGGCCAUGUCCAUUAAUUUCAACAGGCAUACUCUGAGUAGGAGCAAUAUUGGAGACGAGGCUCAUAAGCUUCAUUGCACCAUAUUUAGUUCAAAAUUGUCUUCCUUGGAAAAAUGGAGGCCACGUUCACACCAUACAUUUAAAGCACUGUGAUGACCAUGUUAAAACAGUUGUGGCUUCCCCCAAAGAAUCCCAGAAGCCAUAUUUUGUUAAGGGUUCUCAGAGUUGUUAGGAGACCUCAACACACAUUCCCUCACAGAGCUACAGUUCCCAGAGUUCCCUGAGAAGAGGGAUUGAUUGGUUUAACAAUCUGAGAAUGGUAGCUCUGGUAGGGAGUUAGGGUGUCUCCUCAUACCUCUCAACAGACCACAGCUCCCCAAAUUCUUGGGGUUAAGCCAUGACUGACCAAAGUGGUACCAUAGUGCUUUAAAUGUAUAUGGCCUUUGUAAGGUCUUCAAAUUAGGUAGCGAUGGCCCUUCUUCAUUGCCAUUGCAGUUCCUCCUCCUCCUCCUCUCCAGUUGACCUCACAGUCCAAAAAGUUCAACAAGGUUUUCCAACUAUAGGAAUAUCUCUAAUGUUAAAAAAUAUUUUUUUAAGCACUUUAUUUUGGUUUACAUUAUAGGGCUCAUUCUGGCUUGCAGGUGAAGUGAAGCCGAUAAAAACCCAAUGGAUUUAAAAAAAAACAAAAACACAAGGGUGGGGGGGAGACGCAAUUCCAGCCUCACUGACCCUUUUCCUUCCCAGCUUCUUUUGUGUUUGUGUGUAGAAUUUUGUCUGUAAAUACUGUAAAUUAUUUAUUGAUGAAAAGUGCAAGUAAAACAUUUUCUUCCCAACC